AUGGCUGUCUCUGUAAUCACGGCCAUUAACCCCUUGGCUGAGGUCAAGCCUGGAUACAAUACUGCUGACUUUUUGAUGAGGGCCACUGUGGCACAGACAAUAAGUAUGCUGGAGAUAUACUUCCAGAGUUUGGAUCAGUUUGUGGGGGUGGAUGGCUGUCCUUGCAGUCCAAACCAGACUGAGAACAUAAAGCAACUGUUUGCUUUUCAAUCAAUGAGCUUACAGACAAUGAGUGAAUAUGCCACAGAAUCCUAUCUUGCCAGUAUCCAGGUAGCAAAAGUGACAAUGUGUCAAUCCCCUUCAGUAGCAGACCCCUGGACUCAGAAACACACUGGACAUUUACCUGGUUGUAUUAAAGAUAUUCUUGGAGGAAGCAUCAUUCAUCAUGGAAAUGUUCUUUUAACAGUGGAGAAUACAGAUCAAAAUGUUUAUUGGCUGACCAACUACAUUGAGGCUAUUCUUGUUCAGGCCUGGUAUCCUAUCACCAUUGUUACCAUAUUCAAGGAAUUUAAUAAAAUUCUAGCUCUGUAUUUACACAAAACAUCAGGGAAUCUGAAUGGUCUGGAGUUCAAAUUACAUGACUUUGGUCGCAGGGGAGCCUCUUCUCAGAAGUCUUCAGCUCUUGCAGCCCACUUGGUCAAUUUCCAAAGCUUGGACGCAGUUGCAGAACUUUUGAUGGCUCAACUGUUUUACAACUGUCAAAUGGCUGGAUUUUCAAUCCCAACUGCAGAACACAUUAAUAAAGUCAGUUAUCCCAUUGUCUGGUUGUCUAUUAUCAUUGCCUGUUUUGGUGUGUCUGAAUAUUUGUAUUUAACUGCUUGUAUGUUUUACCAUCAACUGGAUGUCUAUAAACAGUUAGUGAUUGAUCCAUUAAAACCUUCACACAGCGGGCCGCUAACUCUGAGGAGAAAUCUAGAUUGAAAAAUUAAAACAAUUGAAAAAGGGAAUGGGAAUCCAGAGAAGGACCUUCUGGUUGCUGUUUUAGAGAAUGGAAAUAUUCUCCAAAAAUACAUACUUGAAGAGAUAUGAUCAAAUGCAAAGCUGAAGGUUGAUGAAUUGUUGUAUCUCAAGCCAAAUGUAGAGUUGCUUCGUGGAAGCUAUUUAAAAAAGGCAAUUCAUUACAUUAGAGCAAAAUGCUCAGCCGUGCUGUCAUCUUGA